AUGACGGAGGACACCCAGAUGAAUGAGAGCGGACCCGGCGCCGCGCAGGACGCGCCGGCCGCGGCGCCGGGUCCUGCGCAGGAGAAGCGGCUGCAGGAGGCGGAGGAGAAGGGGAAGGAGAAGAGCGAGGAGAAGGAGGAGGAGGAGGAGGAGGAGGAGAAGCGGGAGAACGGCGAGAGCAAAGGAGCCGGUCCGGAGCCGGUCCGCGGAGCCGAGGAGGUGGACUUCGUCCAUCCGGAGGGAGGAUGGGGAUGGCUGGUCAUGCUGGCCGCCAUGUGGUGCAACGGGUCGGUGUUUGGGAUCCAAAACGCCUUCGGCAUCCUCUUCCUCUCCCUCCUCAGAGAGUUCGGCUCCGAGAACGACGACGACCUCAGAUUCAAGACAGCAUGGGUGGGCUCGCUGUCCAUGGGCAUGAUCUUCUUCUGCUCUCCCAUUGUCAGCGUGUUCACGGACAUCCUGGGCUGCAGAGUGACUGCCGUGGGCGGAGCUGCUGUUGGUCUGGUCGGCUUACUGGCUAGUUCCUUCGUCACGUCUCUGGGCCCCAUGUACUUCACCUAUGGCAUCGUGUUUGCCUGCGGCUGCUCCUUUGCCUACCAGCCCAGCCUAGUCAUCCUGGGCCACUACUUCAAGAAGCGCCUGGGCUUGGUCAAUGGCAUCGUGACAGCUGGCAGCAGCAUCUUCACCAUCACGCUGCCCUUCCUGCUGUCAGGCCUGCUGGAGCGAGUAGGCCUCCAUAACACCUUCCGCAUCCUGAGCAUCCUCAUGUUCGUGCUGAUGCUGGCGGGCUUCACCUACAAACCACUGCUUCCCUUAAACCCGGGGAACACCCGCACGGGAAGCCGCUGCCCGCGACUGAGCCAGGUCUUCAAUGUCAACAUCUGGAAGUCCCUGGGCUACCGCAUCUGGGCCUUCGGGAUCCCCGCCGCCCUCUAUGGCUACUUCGUACCUUAUGUCCACCUGAUGAAACACGUGGAGGAGCGCUUCGGGCCAGAAGCUAACAAAGAGGUCCUGCUCAUGUGCAUCGGAAUCACAUCGGGCGUGGGCCGUCUUAUCUUCGGUAGGGUGGCCGACUACAUGCAAGGAGUCAGCAAGGUCUACCUGCAGGUGUCUUCCUUCUUAGUCAUCGGCCUGAUGUCCAUGAUGAUCCCGCUGUGCGAGAUCUUCGGUGGCCUGAUAGCGGUGUGCCUGCUGAUGGGCCUGUUUGACGGCUGCUUCAUCUGCAUCAUGGCCCCCAUUGCCUUUGAGCUGGUGGGCCCCAAGGACGUGUCCCAGGCCAUUGGCUUCCUGCUGGGCCUGAUGUCUGUGCCCAUGACCGUGGGGCCUCCCAUUGCAGGGUUCCUGAGGGACCGGCUGAAGAGUUAUGACGUGGCCUUCUACCUGGCCGGUAUCCCACCCAUCAUCGGGGGGGCGGUGCUGUGUCUGAUCCCCUGGGUGGAGGCCAGGCGUAAGAGGAGAGAGGAAGAGGAGGCCCUCAGGAAAGGGCAGGACGUCACCCAGAAGAUGCUGGACGGCGAGAAGGCUCAGGGAGACGUGGCGUACAAAAGCGGAGACCCCGAGUCUGUUCUGUAA